UUUCAAAAGCAUUUUCAUGAGAUGAAAACAUAUAUGACCAGACAUAGAUUCAGCCUCGAUCUAUAUAUGCCCUCUACCAAAAGGAAACGCUUAUUACAAGUGAUGUAGCCUGAACGAAAAAUUCAAAGAGCCUACGGGCCAACAACCAUGGACAGGCCGGCCUGCCUUUCCUACGGCACAUCGAGUGUGUCGUCUGAAGAAAUCGUGCUGUGAAUAUGUGUGCAACCAUUUGGCAUUUGUCUCAGCUAGCUAGCGCAUGCAUAUAUAUGCACUCGUUCCUGUUCAUGCGUGUGUCUCGUUGCUACAACCUUCUGGUCAACUCAGCGCGGCGCUAGGAAGAAAAGCAAGAAGAAGUCGCAAGCGAAACGCGACGCCGCCGACGCGGACCUUGUCGCCGUCGCCGAGUACAAGAACCCUCGGAAACCCCCCGGAGGUGCCAACCUCUUCGACAAGAUGCUCAAGAAGCCGUGCCCCUAUCAUCAGGGGCCCGUCAAGCACACCCUUGAGGAGUGCGUCAUGCUUCGGCGCCACUUCCACAGGACUGGGCCACCCGCGGAGAGUGGCAGGGCUCGCGACGACGACAAGAAGGAAGAACACCAGACAGGAGAGUUCCCCGAGGUCCGCGACUGCUUCAUGAUAUACGGUGGGCAAGCGACGAACGCCUCGGCUCGGCACCGCAAGCAAGAGCGUCGAGAGGUCUGUUCGGUAAAGGUGGCGGCGCCAGUCUACCUAAACUGGUCCGACAAGCCCAUCACCUUCGACCAAGCCGACCACCCCGACCACGUGCCGAGCCCAGGGAAAUACCCGCUCAUUGUCGACCCCAUCAUCGGCGACGUCAGACUCACCAAGGUCCUCAUGGACGGAGGCAGCAGCCUCAACAUCAUCUACGCCGAGACCCUCGGGCUCCUGCGUGUUGAUCUAUCCUCAGUCCGGGCAGGCGCUGCGCUUUUCCACGGGAUCAUCCUCGGGAAGCGCGUCCAGCCCCUCGGACAACUCGACCUUCCCGUCUGCUUCGGAACACCCUCCAACUUCCGAAGGGAGACCCUCACGUUCGAGGUGGUCGGGUUCCGAGGAACCUACCACGCAGUAUUUGGGAGGCCAUGCUACGCGAAGUUCAUGGCCGUCCCCAACUACACCUACCUCAAGCUCAUGAUGCCGGGCCCCAACGGGGUCAUCACCGUCGGCCCCACGUACCGACACGCGUUCGAAUGUGACGUGGAGUGCGUGGAGUACGCCGAGGCCCUCGCCGAAUCCGAGGCCCUCAUCGCCGACCUGGAGAGCCUCUCUAAGGAGGUGCCAGACGUGAAGCGCCACGCCGGCAACUUCGAGCCAGCGGAGACGGUUAAGUCUGUCCCCCUCGACCCCAGCAGCGACGCCUCCAAGCAGAUCCGGAUUGGCUCCGAGCUCGAUCCCAAAUAGGAAGCAGUGCUCGUCGACUUUCUCCGCGCAAACGCCGACGUUUUCGCGUGGAGUCUCUUGGACAUGCCCGGCAUACCGAGGGAUGUCGCCGAGCACUCGCUGGAUAUCCGAGCUGGAGCCCGACCCGUGAAGCAGCCUCUGCGCCGAUUCGACGAAGAAAAGCGCAGAGCCAUAGGCGAGGAGAUCCACAAGCUAAUGGCGGCAGGGUUCAUCAAAGAGGUAUUUCAUCCCGAAUGGCUUGCCAACCCUGUGCUUGUGAGAAAGAAAGGAGGGAAAUGGCGGAUGUGUGUAGAUUACACUGGUCUAAACAAAGCAUGUCUGAAGGUUCCC